CUCGCGAGACUAUGACGUCACGCAUACGGAAAUGCAAACAAACAUGGCAGACGACGAGGAUGUGUUGUUUGAAGGGCUGCUAUACAGACUUAAGGUAUCUAAGAAUAAAACAUUGCAUCGUCUACCUCCAGAGAGAUGGAAAUCAAAAUAUAUUAUCUUGUGUCGAGGUGAAAAGCUGGUAUUGAAAUGCUUUAGGAAGAAACCCAAGAUACGAAAACUCUCAAGCAGACACAAAGAAGUAGCUUUAUAUCCAUCCUUUAAGGUUGACAAGCUGAGUAAUAUCAAUGGUCGAGCUUUUGCUGUCCAGAUCACUUCACCAGAGCAUCAGCUUUGCUUUUCAGCAGAUGAGCAGUCGACGAUCGACAUUUGUUUUCCUUCUUCAGAGUCAAGUGAUGCUGCGGGAGACCAUCAAAGAUGGUCUAUUCAAUGUUGAGCCAGAAGAAUCAGAAGCUUCCGAAGAAUUGUGCAAAGGGAGC